AUGACUCAUGGACGUGGGGAGUGGGGAGGUCGGGAUUCCCACUCGGAGGUGAGCACGGACGGGAAAAGCUCCGGAAAACAGGCUCAGACGGAGCGGUGGAAAAUACAACCUCACUGCCAGGAGCAAAGGAAGGAGCCAGAACAGGAGCAAAGGAAGAAGCCAGAACAGGAGCAAAGGAAGAAGCCAGAACAGGAGCAAAGGAAGGAGCCAGAACAGGAGCAUCGGAAGAAGCCAGAACAGGAGCAAAGGAAGAAGCCAGAACAGGAGCGAGAGAAGAAGCCAGAACAGGAGCAAAGGAAGAAGCCAGAACAGGAGCAAAGGAAGAAGCCAGAACAGGAGCAAAGGAAGGAGCCAGAACAGGAGCAUCGGAAGAAGCCAGAACAGGAGCAAAGGAAGAAGCCAGAACAGGAGCGAGAGAAGAAGCCAGAACAGGAGCAUCGGAAGAAGCCAGAACAGGAGCAAAGGAAGAAGCCAGAACAGGAGCGAGAGAAGAAGCCAGAACAGGAGCAACGGAAGAAGCCAGUACAGGAGCAAAGGAAGAAGCCAGAACAGGAGCAAAGGAAGAAGCCAGAACAGGAGCAAAGAAAGAAGCCAGAACAGGAGCAACGGAAGAAGCCAGAACAGGAGCAACGGAAGAAGCCAGAACAGGAGCAACGGAAGAAGCCAGAACAGGAGCAACGGAAGAAGCCAGAACAGGAGCAAAGGAAGAAGCCAGUACAGGAGCAAAGGAAGAAGCCAGAACAGGUGCAAAGGAAGGAGCCAGAACAGGAGCAAAGGAAGAAGCCAGAACAGGAGCAAAGGAAGAAGCCAGAACAGGAGCAACGGAAGAAGCCAGAACAGGAGCAAAGGAAGAAGCCAGUACAGGAGCAAAGGAAGAAGCCAGAACAGGAGCAACGUAAGAAGCCAGAACAGGAGCAAAGGAAGGAGCCAGAACAGGAGCAACGGAAGAAGCCAGAACAGGUGCAACGGAAGAAGCCAGAACAGGAGCAAAGGAAGAAGCCAGAACAGGAGCAACGGAAGAAGCCAGAACAGGAGCAAAGGAAGGAGCCAGAACAGGAGCAACGGAAGAAGCCAGAACAGGAGCAAAGGAAGAAGCCAGAACAGGAGCAAAGGAAGAAGCCAGAACAGGAGCAAAGGAAGAAGCCAGAACAGGAGCAAAGGAAGAAGCCAGAACAGGAGCAAAGGAAGAAGCCAGAACAGGAGCAAAGGAAGAAGCCAGAACAGGAGCAAAGGAAGAAGCCAGAACAGGAGCAAAGGAAGGAGCCAGAACAGGAGCAUCGGAAGAAGCCAGAACAGGAGCAAAGGAAGAAGCCAGAACAGGAGCAUCGGAAGAAGCCAGAACAGGAGCAUCGGAAGAAGCCAGAACAGGAGCAUCGGAAGAAGCCAGAACAGGAGCAUCGGAAGAAGCCAGAACAGGAGCGAGAGAAGAAGCCAGAACCGGAGCAAAGGAAGAAGCCAGAACAGGAGCAAAGGAAGAAGCCAGAACAGGAGCAAAGAAAGAAGCCAGAACAGGAGCAACGGAAGAAGCCAGAACAGGAGCAACGGAAGAAGCCAGAACAGGAGCAACGGAAGAAGCCAGAACAGGAGCAAAGGAAGAAGCCAGAACAGGAGCAAAGGAAGAAGCCAGAACAGGAGCAAAGGAAGAAGCCAGAACAGGAGCAUCGGAAGAAGCCAGAACAGGAGCAUCGGAAGAAGCCAGAACAGGAGCAUCGGAAGAAGCCAGAACAGGAGCGAGAGAAGAAGCCAGAACAGGAGCAAAGGAAGAAGCCAGAACAGGAGCAUCGGAAGAAGCCAGAACAGGAGCAUCGGAAGAAGCCAGAACAGGAGCAUCGGAAGAAGCCAGAACAGGAGCGAGAGAAGAAGCCAGAACAGGAGCAAAGGAAGAAGCCAGAACAGGAGCAAAGGAAGAAGCCAGAACAGGAGCAAAGGAAGAAGCCAGAACAGGAGCAACGGAAGAAGCCAGAACAGGAGCAAAGGAAGGAGCCAGAACAGGAGCAACGGAAGAAGCCAGAACAGGAGCAAAGGAAGAAGCCAGAACAGCCUCAGAUCUUCUUUCACUGUCGGUUUGAAGAGAGGAUUCUACGUUUUAAAUACCAGCGUUGGUGUCGGGGCAUCACUAAUAUUAAUAAUACCCCCUCCACCCUCACCCCCUCCCCCCCUCCAUCCUUCACCCCCUCCACCCUCACCCCCUCCACCCUUACCCCCUCCACCCUCACCCCCUCCCCCCCUCCAUCCUUCACCCCCUCCACCCUCACCCCCUCCACCCUCACCCCCUCCACCCCCACCCCCCCCACCCCUCACCCCCCUCCACCCUUACCCCCUCCACCCUUACCCCCUCCAUCCUUCACCCCCUCCACCCUCACCCCUCCAUCCUUCACCCCCUCCACCCUCACCCCUCGUCUGAAUCUUCCUCCAUCUCUCUCCAAAAGUUUGAACUCAACAAACUUCUCUCAAACAGAACAAGUCAUAACUACUUUCUUUUAA